AUGGAAGCAUAUGCGUUUAAUUUAUUUCGUGAAGUUGAUGAACUUUUUGAAAGUAAGUCUGUUAAUGUGAGAAAAUUUUACAAUGACACAAGAAUAACCCAAUAUUGCCCUGAACAGGAUGGUGGAUAUAAAAGUUGUUAUAGUGAUUAUGAAAGAAUCAACGCUAUUGGUGCAUAUGUAUUUAUGGAAUUAAUUGGGAAAAAUCAAAAUUUUAAUGGAAGCAAUGAUGAAAGAUAUAUUAGUUAUUUUAUUAUGUGGAUAAGCCAUAUAUUAUAUAGGAAAUUCGAAGAUAACUCCUUUACUUUAAAUUCGAUUUAUGACAAGCAUUUAAAGAAUAAUUUUGGAAAUUUUAGUUAUUGGAACCUUUUACAAAAUAAAAUGUAUCUAACAAAUUCUAAUAUUGCGAUUAUGAAUGUUCUUUACUUUUUAUUUCAGAAUAUUUUGGAUACAAUUAAGAAAGUCCAAACAAAAGAUAUACAACCACACGAAUAUCCACAAAAGGCCCUUGAAUUCUAUGUUAUAUAUAAUAAACUUUUUAAACAUAUUAGUCCGUGUGGCCCGUAUCGUAAGUUAUUGAAUCAUUUAAAAACAACAUAUAACAACUUUAUAGAAACUGCUAGACAGGAAAAUAUCCACAGAGAGGAUAUACUUAAUCAGCUUAUAGAACUGUCACCGAAAGAAAAACCAUUUAAAAAUAAUUUUAACACUAAAGGAUGCGAAAAAAUACAUAACAAAUUAAAGAAUAAUAGUUCCAAGCUUAUACAAUUGGGAAAUAGCAUGUUAAAGGAUUAUUCAGAAAGAAAAGCCCAGAGCACACCUAAUUCACCAGAAUCUCAAGAUAUGGGAUUUUAUUAUUAUUAUAAUCAUAAUAAUGGUGAUGAUGAUGACGAUGAUGAAGAUAAUGAAGAUAAUGGUGAUGAAGAUAAUGAUGACUUGGAAAUUCCUAAGGAUACUAAAGGCAGUUUAUCAACUGAUACAGAUAAUCAAAAUCAUACUUUAGACCCUAAACAAGGGAAUUCAACUGAUGUGUCAGAAAAUGGUACACAAAUGAAAACAUCCCAAAUGAAUGAUCCCUCGGCAAGUUCCAAAUCAGCAAGUCAAGGAGAUCCACCAGGGGAUACAAAAAAAACGGAAACAAGGAAUAAGGAUAAUAUUGCCCCCAUACAAAUAGAAGAUCCGCCCACACCAUUUCCUAUGGCUAUGAAGCAGACACAAGAUGAUAAUUCACAACAAUCACAUCAAAUAACGGAUUCAAAUAUUCCUGGAGGUGCAUCAACCACCUCAAAUAGUGGAACAAAGGAUACAGGCAAUAUCAAAGGACCUCAAGAGAAUAAACAAGGAGCUACAGGAGACGAACAAAAAGAUUCAGGUGGUGGAAAAGAUGAUAAAGGAGGACAAGUAGGUGGAUCAAAUGGUGAUCAAAGAAGUCAAGAAGGUUUAGGAGGUUCAGGAGAUGGGCCAGGUAGUGAUCCAGUAGAAAAUGGGCCUCAAAGUACAUCAUGGCCAUAUUUUGGUAUUGGGUCAUACAUUUCUACGAUCGCAUCAAAAGGCAAGGAACAAUUAAAUAAUGCUGUCAUUUCGCUUGAAACGAUUAAGAAAAAAGUUACAGAAGCCACGACGAAUACUAUUCAAAAUAUAUAUAGUAAAUCUAUGUCUAAUAUACAAGCUGCUUACGACAAAUCGAGGAAUUUAUUACAUGGCACUAUUGAUAAUAUAAAUAGCUAUUCUAAAAAAGUAGCCAAUAUUUUUAUACAAAAUGAUGAUCAAUCAGGAUCAGGCGGCACAGGGGGUGGGGUACCCACACCUAAUGACUCACUCUCGUCUCAAAAAAAUUUACCUCAAAGUUCAUCGGGAACGCCACCCACUACAUUACCGUUGCCAGAUCCUAAGGAACAAACUAACCCACUUCAAUCGUCUCAGGACUCACCUGGAAACCAAAAUUCUGAUAAAAACCAUCAAGGAGGAUCUAAAAUCCAAGUGGGAAUCACAGUGGUUAAACAAGAAGAUACUGGGACCGAAGUAAAAGGAAAUAAAACAACAGGAAUAGGUGAUAUAUAUGUACUCAAAGAAUACAAACAAAUUGGAAUUUCAAUUAUAGUUCUUUUAAUACCCAUUGCUUUGUCUAUUAUGUAUAAGUAUUUGUCAUAUGGAUGGAGAAAAAAAUUGAAGAGAAAAAAAACCAUGAAAAAGGUUAUAAAUUCAAUUGGAGGAAAAAGACCUGUGCAAAUAAUUAUAUGUUCAUCAAUUCAUAAAAAACAGCCUAAAAAAUCUAUAAAUUCUGUUCAUAGGAAAAAACCUCCAUUAUUAAAUAUAUACAAACUUAUGCAGGCUGAUCCUAUACCAUUCAUUAAUUUAUUUUUUUUGUUAAUUUUUUUUGUCUAUAAAAGAAAAUCUGAUUUUUUGGAAUUAUAA